UUAGGUUGAGUUGUGUUGUGAUCUAAGUUCUGUUUUGACUUGACGAGACAAGGUUGGGGGUUCAUGUGCGACGCGUAAAUUGAAAAACUAAAAAUGCCGAUUCCUCAUGUAACUGGAGCUCUCUGACAUUCCAGCUGUGACACAGAUGCAGUUGGAGGAUGGCUGGCAAAUCAAGUGCAUGCAAAGUUCGGAAUGUGGAUAUCAACCCAUGCAUUGAGGAGAGUGAUGGUUCUCAAAAAUGUUUGGAUGCAUACAACUAUGAUAAGAGCAUGUGUUCUGCAUACUUCAUGAGAUAUAAAAACUGCAGGAAGUACUGGCAUGGUGUGAUGCUGCAGCGUAGGCGUGAUGGAGUGAAGCCUGAUAUGCCAACCGCUGAGGAGCGAGAGCAGAUCAUCACAGUCCUUGGAGGGAAGCCUUACUGACUGCACAGUAGCAGUUAAAAAGUGUGUGUAUGUUUGGACUCAAAAUAAAUUUCUUGCAGAGGACACCCAUUACGAAUCUGUACCUCUGGCUUUAUUAAAGGGGGGAUGAAAUGCUCGUUUUCACUCAAUAUCCUGUUAAUCUUGAGUACCUAUAGAGUAGUACUGCAUCCUUCAUAACUCAAAAAAGUCUUUAGUUUUAUUAUAUUUAUAAGAGAAAUAUAAUGUGUAACGUUUUUUCCCGGAAAAAACACGACCGACUGGAGGCGUGACGUGUGGGCGGAGAUUAUGAAUCACGAGCGCGAGUAGACUUUUGCGUUGAGAGCAUCUGGAAACUGACAUUACCGUGAGGGGAAAAGAAAAAAACAUCAUCCAAAACAAACCAUGGCUAACAGUCAGAUUCAGCCGUUUAUGUAAGGUGUAAGGUGUACAUGUGGAAAGUGUAGUUUGAUGGCAACAUCGCAUGUUGUUUACUUGAUGUGCUUACGCGCCGAUAGCUAAGUUAACAACACAGAGAUAUUUGAAGCAGUUUUACUCACCGCCUGCGGUUCCAACACACGAUCGUGACCCUUUUUCGUUAGGACUGCAUUAUCCUUAAGAAAUAAACGAUACACAAAUCCAGCGUCAAACUGGGCCUUGUUUGUAAAACAAGCAUCUUCGAAAUGCAGGGAACAAACAAAAACACUUGCACAACUCAGUUGAUGCUGUGUAAAAAUAAACUCCAUCCACUGGUCCCUUAAUGCUGUUUUUUUUUUUUUGGUAAUCUGUGCAGGGUUGUCUUGCCCUGGCAACAAAAACACACUUCUUUUGUGACAUUUAGCUCUCGCUCUGAUCAGUGAAUUGCUCUGCUCUACGGGAGCGUGCGCUCUUCCGGGAGAAGUGCCCUUAGGACCCAUAUAAGGAAAUUCCACUCCAUCUAACGUCAUACAGAGCCAUACUCGAAAAAAACUUUCCAAAACUUGGGACAAACCGGAAGGAGUAUUUUUGGAACAAAAAAUACUCCUUCAAACGUACAACUUAAUUUUUUUAACUUUGUCCAUGUUUAGCAUGGGAAUCCAACUCUUUAACAGUGUAAAAAAAACUCCGUAUGCAUGAAAUAGCAUUUCACCCCCCCUUUAAAUAUGUAUUUCAGUCCUGCGUGUGGGAAAAGUUUUAAUGUGUAAUUUGUGUAAUUUUAGCAAUUAUGUAGAUGUGUUACAACUCCUGCUGUGUUUGUAUGUAUAAUACUGUCAAUGGCAGGCUAAUACAGCCAAAUUUAAUGUAUUCAGUUGUUCAAAAUAGACAAUGUUUUUAAUGUGA